CCCGGGAGCCGAAAGCCCGGGCAACGGGGCCGAGGCGCGGCGCAGCCAAGACGGCUGCACAGGCACCGGGAUCUCCAUCCUCCUCCGCCGCCGCCCCUAGGCUCUGCAGUGCCCCAGCGAGCGCCGGCGCCGCUUUAUAUUACGCCCUGUGUCCGCCCCUCGGCGGGCCGCCCGAGGACAUUGGGACCGCGGCCAGAGCCGGCCAUUAAUAGAGCCUUAUUUAGAAAGCCCAACAAUGACUUGGCCAUUUAUUAAGCGCCUGCUGGAUGCCACGGAGGUAUCAUUCCCUAAUUUUCAGAAGGGAAAACUAAGGCUGAGGAGGCGGAGCCCUGACCAGGAUGAGGAGUACAGCGUGGCGUUUGGGACUCACAGCCUGAGAAGCCCACCAAGAAUUCCCAGUCUCUUUAAUCCACCCCCGCCCCGAAGGCGCUCUGGGGAUGACGCAGAUGGAGGUUUUAGGAGCAGAUUCCUGGGUACAGGGAAUGCGGUAACCAGGCCAGGCUGUCAGGAGAACACAGAACAGACCCUAUUCCCAUCUCAGCAGGGCUCUGAGCCCAACCCCCCGGCAAGCGGGGCCUAAUUCUGUGCCUCUGACUCAGCCUCGGGUGCGCAGGGCAGCGGGGUCUGCCAGGUGAGCAGCAGCCAGGGGGCGCGGGCAAGAACAGUCCACGAUGGCCCCCCGGGGGCCGCGCGCCGGGGCCUGAAAUAGCUCAUUUUGAUCCCGCCACCUCGGCCAGGAGCCCAGACCUGGCACUUGGCGCAACCAGCUGCUCUUGGAGCAAGACGGAAGUGGUUAGAUGACCAGACGGGACUGCUUGUCAAUUUUCUCCACCCAAGACAGCCCUUUUGGGGAUGCUUCCCUGGGUCGAAGCCACUAUUGGCCAUCCCGAAGCCAGACCUGGCACCCCAAGACCCUGAGCUCAUCUAGGUCCCAGAGAUCCAGGCUCCCAGAAGCUCCCAAGGCUCUGGCUACAUGUCCCAACUCCUCUGAGCUGUUUGAGGAAUCCUGGCCACCCAGCUCAGGGACCCCUUCCCCACCCAGCACCACUGAGGGACAGAUGGGAGCCUCCCCACCACCCACCCUGACUGACAGUGGGGACUCCGUGGUGGCCAAGUAUAUAAACCGGUUCCGCCAGGCUCAGCCCACAAGCCGAGAGGAACGCCAGUCUGCAGGCCCAACCCCAGCUGACUUUUGGUGGCUGCAGCCUGAAUCUCCAGACCCCAACUGUCAACUUGUGGAAGCAGGAGCCAGUGAACCAGAAGGAAGACUCAACACAUCAAUCCCAACUCUUGCCAAGGUGGCCAGUGCAUCGCAGGCUAAAGCUACGGCCCCCCUUCAAGAAAUAAAGCAGGUGACAUCUCCAUGGUCCACUCCUUCAUCUGCAUGCCUGAACUGAUAGUACCAGCCCUGGGAUAGAAUUAGAGUCAGUCCCCAGUUCAAGGAAGCUUAACCACAACAGGGAAGAUUUGUUGGCUAAUGCAAUCAAGAAAUCCCAAAAUAGAUGCUUUCAGGCAUAGCUAUAUCCAGGUGUUUGAACCAUACUGGGAGAAACUCAACUCUCUUGGCUCUCUGUUCCUCUUUGUUUGGCUCAAUCGAAAGUAGGCUCUCCCCUGAAAAUAGCUAAGGUGGCCCCAGUGGCUCUAGGCUUCUAACAUACCUAGUUCCUCUGGUAGAAAGAGAAGGCUUUUCCAGUAGCUCCAUUUGAAGCCCCACUCAUCUUUGAGCCAAUCACAGUUGUGAUUAGCCACACCUGGUCCAGAAGGUAGAGUUAACCCUUCUCCCACAACAAUAACUGUACUGAGGGGUGUGGAUCCACAGAGGAAAACCAGGUAGGUCUCUGUUCCCUGAGCAGGAGAAGCAGAUUCUAAGCCAGCAUG